GGCGGCGGGCGGGGAAGGGGAGAGGGACGGCGAGAGCUUUAGAUUGCUCGAGACCCCGGAGCAGGGAACGGACACGGGACGCUGCCACCCCAGGGGUGGUUAGGGUCCAGAUCUCCCGGGAUGGUUUCUGGGGAGGUGAAAAGAUGGAGGGAUGUCGGGGAUGUGGUAGGAGCGCAGGAGAGAAGCCGGGGAAGGACCGGCCGUUGGAGGAUCAGCUGGGGCGAAGAGGUCAACUCCUGGAGUGGCUCCAUUGAGAUUGGGGUGACGGCCCUAGACCCCAGUGUUCUGGACUUCCCAAGCAGCGCCACAGGGCUGAAGGGGGGCUCAUGGGUAGUGUCAGGCUGCUCGGUGUUGAGGGAUGGACGCUCUGUGCUGGAGGAGUAUGGUCAGGACCUGGACCAGCUUGGUGAAGGGGACCGUGUGGGCGUGGAGCGCACAGUUGCUGGGGAGCUGCGGCUCUGGGUGAAUGGGCGGGACUGUGGUGUUGCCGCCACGGGCCUCCCCGCCCGGGUCUGGGCCGUGGUGGACCUUUACGGCAAGUGCACCCAGAUCACCGUGCUGCCCCCCGAGCCAGGUUUCAGCCCCCCUGCUCCCAUCCCCACACCUCCCCUCGAGCCCUCUGCACCCCCUGAAGAUUCCACCUUGACUGAACAGGCGACCUCUGGGGAUGAAGCCUUCAUGGUGUCCCCAGCGCAGCCCCGGCCGGAGACGUUUCCUAACAGCCUUGAGUCGCAUAAUGACUUUGCCAGCAUGGAGCUCUCUGAGGUGGUGGGCAACGCCAUCCUUUCUGCCUACAACGGGGGGCUCCUAAAUGUGAACCUGAGCUCCCCACCGGCAGGGGAAGGACUGGGGUCUGGCGGGGCUGCCACCUCGCCCAUCCUCACCUCCAACGACGCCCUGCUCUUUCACGAGAAGUGUGGGACUCUCAUCAAACUCAGCAACAACAAUAAGACAGCUGAGCGCCGCCGGCCCCUGGACGAAUUCAACAACGGGGUUGUCAUGACCAACCGCCCUCUCCGGGACAAUGAGAUGUUUGAGAUCCGCAUUGACAAGCUCGUAGACAAGUGGUCGGGCUCCAUUGAGAUUGGUGUCACCACCCACAACCCCAACAACCUGGAGUACCCUGCCACCAUGACCAAUUUACAGUCAGGCACCAUCAUGAUGAGCGGCUGUGGGAUCCUGACCAAUGGCAAGGGCACCCGCCGGGAGUACUGUGAAUUCAGCCUGGAUGAGCUGCAGGAGGGCGACCACAUUGGUCUCACAAGGAAGUCCAACUCAGCCCUGCACUUCUUUAUCAAUGGCAUUGAUCAGGGCGUGGCUACCCCACUGACACCCCCAGUGGUGUACGGCGUGGUGGACUUGUACGGGAUGGCUGUGAAGGUGACCAUCGUCCACAAUAACAACCACAGCGACCGGCUGCGUCGAAACAAUGCCAUCCUGCGGGCACUGUCCCCCGAGGGCGCCCUGCGUCGCGCCACUCCUGCCACCCAGGCAGAGCCCGAGCGCCUGCUCUUCCACCCUAACUGCGGGCAGAAGGCAGCUAUCACCCACGAGGGACGCACUGCCCUGAGGCCCCAGUAUGGCCCAUGGUGUGGGGAGAAGCCUGCUGCAGGGACUCUAACAGGAUCGGAGGAGGGGUGGAGAAGCAGGAGUGCCACAGAUGACUUCAACCAUGGCGUGGUGCUGAGUAGCAGAGCCCUGCGGGACGGAGAGGUGUUUCAGGUGCGCAUCGACAAGAUGGUGGACAAGUGGGCUGGCUCCAUUGAGAUUGGUGUCACCACCCACAACCCUGCCUACCUCCAGUUGCCCUCCACCAUGACCAACUUGCGCUCUGGGACCUGGAUGAUGACCGGGAAUGGGGUGAUGCACAACGGAACGACCAUUUUGGACGAGUAUGGGCACAAUCUGGACCGCCUCAAGGUGGGGGAGCAGGCAGGGGACACUGUGGGCGUGGUGCGGCGGGAGGACGGGACCCUGCACUUCUUCGUCAACGGGAUGACCCAGGGCCCUGCGGCCUGGAAUGUGCCCCCUGGCGUCUACGCUGUUGUGGACCUCUAUGGCCAGGCAGCCCAAGCUACCAUUGUGGAUGACGUGGAGGUGCCCCCGGCCCCUGAGCCCCUCUCUGAAGGGAACAACCAGGUGUCUCCCAGCUCCCCAUCAUCAGGGGCCGGGGGCUCUGACCUGCGCUUCCAUCAGCUGCACGGCAGUAAUGCAGUCAUCACCAACGGGGGCCGCACCGCACUCCGGCACAACUGCCGCAGCGAGUUCAAUGACGCCAUCGUCAUCUCCAACCGGGCCCUGCGGGACGGAGAGCUGUUUGAAAUCGUUAUUCAGAAGAUGGUGGACCGCUGGUCAGGCUCCAUUGAGGCUGGAGUGACUGCCAUUCGGCCGGAAGACCUCGAAUUCCCCAACACCAUGACAGACAUUGACUACGACACAUGGAUGCUGAGUGGCACGGCCAUCAUGCAAGACGGGAACACGAUGCGCAACAACUACGGGUGUGACCUGGACGCCCUGGGCACGGGUGCACGCAUCGGCAUGAUGCGAACAGCCAAGGGUGACCUGCACUACUUCAUCAACGGCCAGGACCAAGGCGCCGCCUGCUCAGGCUUGCCUCCGGGUAAAGAGGUGUACGCAGUAGUGGAUCUUUACGGCCAGUGUGUCCAAGUGUCCAUCACCAAUGCCACCGGCCCCAUGGACAACAGCUUGGCAACCAGCAACACUGCCACCGAGAAAUCCUUCCCUUUGCACUCCCCAGCGGCUGGCGUGGCUCACCGAUUCCACAGUACUUGCGGCAAGAAUGUGGCCCUGGAGGAGGAUGGCACAAGGGCGGUACGUGCGGUGGGCUAUGCGCAUGGCCUGGUCUUCAGCACCAAGGAACUCAAGACGGAGGAAGUAUUUGAGGUGAAAGUAGAGGAACUGGAUGAGAAGUGGGCGGGCUCCCUCCGGCUGGGGCUGACCACACUAGCGCCCGGGGAGAUGGGGCCUGGCGCAGGUGGGGGCCCAGGGCUGCCUCCCUCCCUCCCGGAGCUCCGGACAAAGACCACCUGGAUGGUGUCCAGCUGUGAAGUGAGGCGUGACGGGCAGCUCCAGAGGAUGAACUACGGCCGGAGCCUGGAGAGGCUGGGGGUGGGGAGCCGCGUGGGCAUUCGUCGGGGCGCAGAUGACACGAUGCACAUCCUGGUGGAUGGAGAGGACAUGGGGCCCGCAGCUACCGGCAUUGCCAAGAAUGUGUGGGCCGUGCUGGAUCUCUACGGGCCGGUACGGAGUGUGUCUGUGGUCAGCUCCACAAGGCUGGAGGAGCCCGAGGGCACCCAGCCUCCAUCUCCCAGCUCGGACACGGGCAGCGAGGCCGAGGAAGAUGACGAUGGGGAGGAGCACAGCUUGAGAGGUCAGAGUCAAGUGGCCAUGAUGUCGACGUCACUGGAGUUCCUGGAGAACCAUGGGAAGAAUAUCCUUUUGUCCAACGGGAACCGUACGGCCACACGCGUAGCCAGCUACAACCAGGGCAUCGUUGUCAUCAACCAGCCCCUGGUGCCCCAGCUCCUAGUCCAGGUGCGGAUAGACUUCCUGAACCGGCAGUGGACAUCUUCCCUGGUCCUGGGAGUCAUCACCUGCCCGCCUGAGAGGCUCAACUUCCCUGCUUCUGCCUGCGCCCUCAAACGGGCAGCCUGGCUGCUGCGGGGCCGGGGCAUCUUCCACAAUGGUCUCAAGAUUUGUGAGAAGUUUGGGCCAAAUCUGGACACGUGUCCUGAAGGCACCAUCCUGGGGCUGCGGCUAGACAGCUCUGGGGGCCUGCAUCUCCACGUCAAUGGGAUGGACCAGGGGGUGGCGGUAUCAGAUGUCCCCCAGCCCUGCCAUGCGCUUGUGGACCUCUAUGGGCAGUGUGAGCAGGUGACAAUCGUGAGUCCUGAACCAGGGGCAGCCAGUGGGAAGAGUGCUGGAACCCAAGGGGACAUGGAGAAAGCGGACAUGGUGGAUGGUAUCAAGGAAAGUGUGUGCUGGGGCCCCCUGCCAGCUGCCAGCCCUCUCAAGAGCUGCGAGUACCACGCCCUCUGCUCCCGCUUCCAAGAACUGCUGUUGCUUCCUGAGGACUAUUUCAUGCCUCCACCCAAGCGGAGCCUGUGCUACUGUGAGUCUUGCCGGAAGCUUCGAGGAGGCUCCCAAGAGGGUGCGUGGAAGAAGCCACAGAACCUUUACUGGUCGAGGGGAGGAUCUUUGUCCAGUCUGCCCGGUCUACACCCUAGGGUGAAUCCCCGCCUGGAAGCUGGAACGAUGACUAAGAAGUGGCACAUGGCAUAUCACGGGAGCAACGUGGCAGCCAUCCGGAGGGUGCUAGACCGAGGAGAGCUGGGAGCAGGCACCGCCUCCAUCCUGAGCUGCCGGCCCUUGAAAGGCAAGCCUGGGGUGGGGUUUGAGGAGCCUGGCGAGAACUGCGCCCCACCCCGGGAGGAGCAGCCCCCUUCCGUCUUGCUGUCCCCCUCCCUCCAGUAUGCUGGGGCCGAGACCCUAGCGUCCAAAGUGCAAUUCCGGGAUCCCAAGUCCCAGCGAACGCACCAGGCCCAGGUGGCGUUCCAGGUGUGCGUGCGCCCGGGCUCCUACACCCCCGGACCCCCUUCGGCCACCCUCCGAGAACCUCCCGACCCUCACUUCAGCCCCGCAGAACUCGAGUGGAUAACCAAGGAGAAGGGGGCCACACUCCUCUAUGCCCUGCUGGUGCGGGUGGAGUGAGGGCUGGCCUCUGGACGACAAGCACAGUGGGGCCCCCCCGGCCCUGGCUUAGCAUCCCCUGCCGCGGCGGGUGCUCCCCGAGCCCCCGGAGCCCCCAGAGCCCGACGCAUCUCUGGAGCAGGAACGCAUCUCCGCGUGCAGGGCCCACGCCUCCCACUCGGGGCCGGCAGUCUCCCCUCAUGCACUGACUCGGGGAACACGACUCCCUGGACUCCCUCCCCCGGAUCACUUAAUUUAUUUCCGUUUUCGUUCCUGUUACUGUGAAUCCCGAGGAGCCUCCCCGGGCCGCCGGGCGGAGUGGGGGCGGGCGCGGGGAAGGUGGGCCUCUGUACAGUUGUUACGGACGCGGGUUUCCAAGGAGCCAAUAAACGCUGUCCCAGAGCGCG